AUGGCCGGCCAACAGACACAAUUUGGGAAGGCUUCACAGAAAGCAGUUCUAGGGAAGAUCCACCUUCCACGUUUAAGGGGCACCAUAUCUUAUGGAAUUUUACUGUGUCAAGAAGCAUUGAAUGCUGAGCGGGAGCUAUGUCAUCCAGAUACUGAUCUCUGCAGAUUUGAUGCUACAGAUGAAGAGUUGAGAUUGUGUCAGGCCUGUGGGUUUGAAUUUGACAUGUGUGAGUGGACGUCAGAAGCAUCUGCUGGCCAAAUUUCCUGGAUGCGCACAAAAGCGAGAGAGAUCCCUGCAUUCAAAUCCACACCUCAGCAGGAUCAAGGAGGUGAUGAUGAAGGUUAUUAUGUAUGGGUAGGCGCUAAGCAUGCUUUCACUCUUAACCAUUUAGACAGCAGGGCUUACCUAAAUAGCUCUGUGUGUCAUUGCCUGGGCAAGAGCUGUCAUCUUCAAUUCUAUUAUGCAAUGGAAAGCAGUGUCCUGAGAGUAAGACUGUAUAAUAAUAAGGAAGAAGAAAUAUUUUGGACAUACAACAUAUCAACUCACAGCCAAUGGGUGAAAGCAGAUGUGUUAAUACCAGAAGAUCUGAAGACAUUUAAGAUUAUUUUUGAAGGGACUCUUUAGAGCCAGAGAAGUUUUAUUGCCCUUGAUCACCUCUGGGUCUAUGCCUGUGGACAGACCCAAUCCAGAAAGCUUUGCUCUGAAGACGAAUUCCCUUGCACUAGUGGCCAGUGCAUCGCCAAAGAAUCUGUCUGUGACUCUCGGCAGGACUGCUCCGAUGAGAGUGAUGAAGACCCAGCAACUUGCUCAAAGCAUCUCGCCUGUGACUUUGAGUCGGGUUUCUGCGGUUGGGAGCCAUUUCUCACAGAAGAUUCACACUGGAAGCUGAUGAAAGGAUUGAAUAAUGGAGAG